AUGGCGAGUGAGUCCACGCGCUCAGCCAUGCGGCAGCAGACGCAGACGCCGCAUUGCCGAGCGCGGGUCGUGCCCGCUCCAUGGUGGAUACAAGCGGCACUGGGGAUCCAUCCCUGGUCCGCGGCUUCAGCAGUGCACAAAGCGCCUGCGAGCGAGGAGCAGACGCCCUCGUUAGCGCUGCUCCAGCUGUUUUCGUGGCACCACCCGGCCUUCCUGAACCUCGUGGCGUGGCUGCCACCCACCGAGCAGCUGGGCAACUUCAAGGCCAUCGAACGCGACAUCGGCUGCACGCUGUCGCUGCGCUGGAGUUCGCGCCUCAUCGACAUGGACAUCCUUCAGUGCGACGAUUAG